AUUGCAACAUCUAAUCUCUGUUGUUUUUUGUAGACUAACUAUGGAAUUAUUUCACAAGUUGAUGAACAUUUUACUUCCACCCAUAGCAUUCGUGGCACUGCUUUUUCUAUUGCCACCAUAUCUGGUUUUCAAGGUUCUUCAUUGUAUUAAAAGACACAUAUUCAGUGAGAAUGUGGCCGGUAAAGUGGUAGUCAUCACUGGAGCAGCUUCAGGCAUUGGCGAGCAAAUGGCUUAUGAGUAUGCAAAGAGAGGAGCAAAUUUAGUCCUAGUGGACUUGAAACCUCUGGGAUCUGUGGUAGAAAGGGCUCGGCAUCUUGGCUCCCGGGAUGUUGUUGCUGUUUCUGCUGAUGUUUCGGUCAUACAAGACUGUAAGCGGUUUGUUGACAUUGCGAUCAACCAUUUUGGCAGACUGGAUCAUCUAGUGAACAAUGCCGGAGUAGCAAGAGGACGCUUGUUUAAGAAUGUCCAUUGUAUCUCCGAUUUUACUCCAACAAUGGACAUAAACUUCUGGGGCACCGUUUAUGACACCCAUUUUGCAAUUCCACAUCUCAGAAAGAGCAAAGGGAAGAUUAUUGUUAUUGCUUCAACUUGUGGAUGGUAUCCUAUUCCAAGAUUGAGUUUCUAUAAUGCGAGCAAGGCAGCAAUAAUUAGCUUCUAUGAGACACUGAGAACGGAGAUUGGAUGGGAGAUUGGCAUAACCAUUGUAACUCCCGGCCUUAUCAGAUCAGAAAUGACCCUAGAUCAAGCUUUCGCCCAGGGUUUGGGUUUUAUCCCCACGGAAACAAAAGAAGAAUGUGCAAAGGCAAUUGUAAAAAGCGCUUGCCGAGGGGACAAGUACUUGGUGGAACCAUCUUGGGUUAGAGUUCUAUUCCUGUUCAAGGCGGUUUGCCCUGAGGUGAUCGAGUAUUGCAACCGCUUAGCAUUUCGCGUCAGCCGGUCCAGGACUUCAAUUAGAAAUGCAGCUGGCAAGAAGAAUUUGAAAGGGAGCUUAACACAAUCUAUUGAGCAAAAGGCAGAAUAGAUAUUAUCAUCAAGCUUGUGUACCAAAUGGCAAGGUGUCAUUUGUUAAACGUGUGUAUUCAUGCGAAGUUAAUUAAUAAAUGAGCAUCAACAGUAUUAAAU